AUGGGAGCCAUCACCAUGAAUCGGAAGUAUAUCUGGGCAGGUGUUGUUGUCUUGCUGCUGCUUCAGGGAGGAUUCGCCUACAAACUGGUUUGCUACUUUACCAACUGGUCCCAGGAACGCCAGGAACCAGGGAAGUUUACUCCUGAGUACAUCGAUCCCUUCCUUUGUUCACAUCUAAUCUACUCAUUUGCUGACAUCAAUAACAACAAGAUCAUUAUCAAGGAUAAGGCGGAAGCACUGCUUUACCAGACCAUCAAGAGUAUCAAAACCGAGAAUCCCAAACUGAAAAUUCUUUUGUCUGUUGGCGGAUUCAAGCUUGGUUCCAAAAUUUUCCACCCCAUGGUUGAUUCUUCUACAUCACGCUUGGAAUUUGUCAACUCUGUAAUCCUGUUUCUAAGGAACCAUAACUUUGAUGGACUGGAUGUAAGCUGGAUCUACCCAGAUCUGAAAGACAACACACAUUUCACUGAGCUGAUUCACGAGUUAGCAGACGCCUUUCAGAAGGACUUUGUAAAAUCAAAAACAGAGAGGCUUCUCUUGACUGCAGGAGUGUCUGCAGGGAGGCAGAUGGUUGAUAACAGCUAUCAGAUCAAGAAUCUGGCCAAUGAACUAGAUUUCAUCAACCUCUUGUCCUUUGACUUCCAUGGAAUUUGGGAAAAGCCUCUCGUGACUGGCCACAACAGCCCUUUGAGAAAGGGGCAGUUGGACAGAGGGACAAGCUCCUACUACAAUGUGGAAUAUGCCGUAGGAUACUGGAUAAAUAAGGGGAUGCCAGCAGAGAAGGUGGUUAUGGGCAUUCCCACAUAUGGCCAUACUUUCACACUGGCCUCUGCAGAAACUUCUGUGGGAGCCCUCGCCUCUGGACCUGGAACUGCUGGCCCCAUCACCAAAUCUCCAGGCUUUCUGGCCUAUUAUGAGAUCUGCCAGUUCCUGCCAGGAGCCAAGAUCACAAGAAUGCAGGAUCAGCAAGUUCCCUAUGCAGUCAAGGGAAACCAGUGGGUGGGCUAUGAUGAUGUGGAAAGUGUGAAGAAGAAGGUUCAGUUUCUAAAGAAUUUAAACCUGGGAGGGGCCAUGAUCUGGUCUAUUGAUAUGGAUGACUUCACUGGUAAAUCCUGCAACCAGGGUCACUACCCUCUUGUCCAGGCUGUCAAGAAAAGCCUUGGUUCUUCCUAAAGG